AGCUUUGUCGUUUCGGAAUUUGUACAUUUCGUGUCAUUAGUUUUUGGUUUAUACACUCACUAGUGUCUAGUUCAUUAGUUGAGGCAGAUGAGACACUCUCAAGACUCAAGUCAUUAAUUUAGACAGUUUAGUUCAAUACUCGUUGACGGCCUCACUACCUCCUUGUCGAUCGCCCGAUUUUUCAUUGACUAUAUACGUACGAGUUUUCUAUUUUUUUGAUUGUGUUUGCUAAUUAUACAGAAAAAUGAGUGGAGAUGCUUAUUCAGAACGUACAUUCAUCAUGGUUAAGCCGGAUGGUGUUCAACGCGGCCUGGUUGGUAAGAUAAUUAAACGUUUUGAAGAAAAAGGAUUCAAAUUGGUUGCAAUGAAAUUUAUGUGGGCAUCUGAAGAAUUGUUAUCAAAACACUAUGCUGAUUUAUCAAGCAGACCAUUUUUCCCUGGCCUUGUCAAGUAUAUGGCUUCUGGACCUGUAGUGCCAAUGGUUUGGGAAGGAUUGGAUGUUGUUAAAACUGGACGUUUCAUUCUUGGUGCAACUGACCCAAAAAACUCAAAUCCUGGUACAAUUAGAGGUGAUUUAUGUAUCCAAGUUGGCCGCAACAUAAUUCAUGGUUCAGAUGCUGUAGAAUCAGCCAACAAAGAAAUUGCUUUGUGGUUUUCAGAGAAAGAAGUGGUAUCAUGGUCAAGGUCCAGUGAUUCUUGGUUGUAUGGUGAAAACUAAAAUAUACACCUAUAUAAGUAUAAAGGUAUAACAUAUACCUAAACAGUGAUUUUUUGAGCUUAUAAACAAUUACUUGGUCAAUAGUUAUAAUUUGGGUAGUAGAAAUGUAAUUAUUAUCAACUUAUUUAAUAACAGUUGCAUUA